CUUUGCGUUGUCUUUGCACCAGCAACUGCAUUUGAUACGCUACUUGGGCGCCGAGAAUUUAGGAGACAUGGCAAAUAACGUUACGGGAACCUCUGUAGAUGACGCCAAGAAACGGGUGUCUACUGCUUGCGAGGCCUGUCGGAUUGCAAAGAUCCGAUGUCGCCCCAGUGCUCAGCCCGGCGUCUGCCAAAAAUGCUCCGACUCUAAAACAGAAUGCGUGUCCAGGGUCGGCCCUCGGACACGUCGCUCCAAGGUCUCUAAACGCGGUACUGGUAAUAGCCCAUUUGAUAUACUGCCGCCUCCGCCUAAACCUACAGGCACAUUCACCAUAGACUUUGCCGUCUCGGCUGCCGACGAGGUGGACCAAGACUUUGAGACGCUUCGUGACUGUCACGCCGGCCAUCUGGAUGCCAUGUUUCCUCCCGACCAAGGUUCACCGCAAGAGGGGUCAUCGUCAAUGCAAGAAAGUAGAACUGCAACAAGCGGAUCUAGGGUCAGCGCACACUCCUCGUCUGGCGCUGCACACUCGAUAGAGUCGUUUCAGGCCAAGCCUCAGUUCAACAUUGCCUCAGCAGAAACAUUGCUGCUAACCUUUCAUUCCAUGGUUCAACACUUUCCGUGUGUCCAUUUAAAAAGAGAAUCCACAGUCCCCGAAUUGGCCUCGACGCGACCGUUUGUUCUCUUGGCCAUUCUUGCUGCAGCCUCCGCAUCGAAAACCUUGCAAGGACACAGUUUAUACGAUGAAGAGUUUCGAAAAGUACUGGGGCUGAAGAUUGUAACUGGUGGAGAGUCUUCGCUAGAACUCCUUCAAGGAAUUUUAAUUUAUUCGGCUUGGUAUCCUUUUCACCUUCGACCAAAGAAUAAGCAGACUUUCCAAUAUAUGAGGAUGGCGACAGACCUGGUACACAGCUUGGAAUUGGAUGUAGAGAAACGAGGGAAAACACUCGCGCCACUCUCGAAUCCGACAGAGCAGCAGUUUGAUGAGGCACGAGCAUAUCUCGGGUACUGCUACGUCAUGAAUACAACGCUUUUGAUAUGGCGCCCGAUACGGGAUACUUCCCCAAAACUAACGCCCUGGACAGAAUACUGCUGUACGCUUCUCGAACAAGAGUCGUCCAGUGCCCAGGACGCCGUACUCGCCAGUCUCGCUCGCCAAAGCUUCACAACGUAUAGUGCCAUGAUGGCUUUCAACGGAAGGGAUAAUAUGGAUGAGCAACAAAAGAAACUAGUCAUGCUUGGGCUAGAGUCACAAAACAAUUCUCAUCAAUCAGCGAUGGCCUCGCACAUUGCACGAUCGCUCCCCAUUAAACUGCAAUCCUUCUAUGUCUCAUUAUGUCUCGAUUCUGGCAACCUGCUCCAUCUCCCCAAACCCACACAGCUAGAUACCGUCCAGUCCCCUCUGGUAACAGUCUCCGCGUUACCCAAGGUCUACCGGGCAGUGGAAACACUGCGCCAGUUUUUCAAGCUUGUAUUAGACCUUCCUGACUCAGGAUUCAUACCGUUUACACGAAUGGACUGGGCCAAGCUGAUCUUCGCUACUAUUCUGGCUUUACGGCUGUCUUUCCCAUUCCCUGGAUGCCCCGAGUACGACGACGAAUGGGCUCGUUCGCAGCUGCAUUUCGAGACCUUUUUAGACACGUUUGUUGCCGAUCCAGGGCUUACAGGUACUUCCAAAAAGGUCGAUGUGCUAUCUGCUAGCCGCGUUGUUAUGGGCUUAGUCAAGGACAAAUACGCACAACGGAUGGACGCCUACAUAGCCAAGAAGAAAGCACGAGAAGCCGAAAUUUCACGACCAAGCUUUGGAUGUCCCUUUCUAGACGGAUCCAUGGAAAAGGCCGUCACUUGGGAUACUAUGGAAGCUAAUCCAGAUCCAUUACUGGCGCAAGGUCGUCCUGGAUUUACCGAUCUGUGGACAACCAUGACUACAGAAUGGAUGAAUACUGACGUGACAGACUUGGAGAAUAUGGUUGAUUCUGGAGAUAUAAACUGGCACCAGAGACCGUAGCUAGCCCAAAUGUAUUGCACUCAAGGGAAAUCAGGCAUCACAAUCACGGGUGAAAUUAGGAGUUUGUGGUUUAAAUAACAAGUUGAAUUCAAUCAAAAGAACUGUACAUUACAUCGUAGAACCUAUACCUGCUUUCCCGUAUGCAAGCCAAGUGAAGAAAUAAAGGACGAAAGAAAGAAGAAAAAGAAACAAGAUGAAGAACCAACCCGCGCUUUCCAAUAUUAAAAGAGAAAACCACCAAAGUCAAAGUCGUACAGCAAGGAACAAGAUGCCCUCCCCUUCAACAACAAUCCCAAAUCUGACGAUGUGGAACCCGACCUUGGUAGAGUAAAUGGGGAAUCACUAAAAAAGAAGAAAGUGCAAAGAAAGAAACAAAGGCAAGAAAAGAGACUUGUGCGCUGAUCAUGGGAACGUUCCUUCCAUGUCGAAUAGAUGCCACCAAGUAGGUAUGACAUCUAGACAACGAAAAAGAGAGGGUCCAAAAAAGAAGCGCUGUCCCAAGAUUAAAUACCCCCAAAACGUGAAAUAAAACCCUCCCAUCCUUUCGCAAUGCUGCAUUCCGUGAAAUGAAGGAGACAAGAAGUAAACCCACAAAACAAUAGAAAGACAAAAAGGCAAAGUAAACGAAUCCGCACAACAAAGGAUGUGUACAAACAUCGACAGCUACCGAAAGCUGUGGUGCACAUGGCAAACUGCGUAGAGUCUCCAUGGCAGCCGAUUUGAGUAUAGCAGCGUUGUGCUACAUUUUUCUUUUUUUGUCUUUCCUGGUCUUUCCCGAAUCCGAAUAAAACAAAACGCCGAAAUGGUGUCUUUCCCCCCGUUGAACCGAUGCCCCGGCGUGCAUGUUGGAUGCUAUGCCAUUUCGUAAACCGACGGUUCGUCUCCUUGAACCUGAUACUGAAUAAAAACUCCAUCCAUGCCAUGUCUUUGUUUCUCUUGGCCAAGAUGAAAUGCAAAACAAGAACAAAAACACUCAAUUUGCCCCCAAAUAAAAAGAAGAAGAAGAGGAAAAGCAAAGUAAAACAACCCGUAUGAAAAGUGGUAUCGCAAAUGCUGUCAAAUCCCGUGUGUCUCUCAACGCCGAACCCAAAAUAGUAAAGAGGCUUUGGGGUCUUUGCCCCUUGGUAUGCGCAUGUCUCGAUUGCUGCCGUUGUCAUAUCCGUUGCGCCAUGGGCUGCUGGCCCGCGUACAAGGAGAUAAGGCUAGGCUCCGCAUGAAACGAUGCCCAGAAAAAAAAAGGCAUCUAUCGACCCAUCAUGUGUCUAGGCAUAAAGUUGGGGUUGUUGUGCAAAGGCGCAUUGGGCGCAGCGCCGACUCCGUUGUGAUAUGGUGGCCCACUCCAAGGGUUAUGAGGGGCGCCGUGGAAGGCAGGAAGCGGGUAUGGUCUGUUGCCGCCUCCGUUGGCGUGUCCUCGACCACCGCUGCCAAGUCCUGGAGGAGCUGCCAAGCCGGGGGGAAGAGCUCCGUUGGAGUUGAAGCCGUUUCCACCUGCAGCUGCUGGUGGCGCAUGGUGCAUAUUGGGCGGCAUGGCCAUGGGAGGAGGCUGGUUGGUAGCUGGGCCAGAACGAACACCAAGAGGGUUCUUGGAGAAGCUAAGGCGGAUGCCGCCCUUGACGCUGUUGUGAAGCGGCUGGCCGUAGAGCUCAUGAAGCGCUUUCGUGGCAAAAGAGACAUCUUCAAACUCAACAAAGCACAUGGGACCAUUUUGUUUGGUGCGGAAGCAGAGGCGCUUGUAACCGCGCUGCUUUGAAAACAUGGCCUUGAGCUCCUCCUCUGAUGUAUCUAGCGGCAAGUUACCGACAUACAGGGUGUUGCAUGGAGGAUUCUGGUCGGCAGGAUUCACUGGUGGGAAGGCAUGGCGGCCAUAAGGCGCCGCGCCACCACCACCUCCACCAACGUUUCCGCCGACUGGGAAGCCGGCUCCAGGAGGAGGAGGCAUGCCAUUCGGAGAUCGCGAGUUCAUGUAAGGAGGGAGUGAGGAAGGACCCGGAGGGCUUCCACCAUUUGUGUUGAGAGUGAGAUUGGCCAUGCGUCCAAUAGGAAUUUGGGGCGCCGUGGCGCGUCGCUGUGAGCUGGCAUUGCUCUCAGCAUAUGCAACUGGGUCCUUGAGAAGGUCGCUAGUCUCGUCAUCAUCGGCAAAGUCGUCAUUGAUCAACGUCUUGCCUGACACUCGGGUACGGUCUGAUAGAUGGCUGCCGAUGGGUGACUGUGAUGAGAAGAGGUUCUGAAAGUUGGGCUCGGGCUUGCCAAAGUCGCUGGAAGGAAAGGCGCUGUUGGAUGUGGGUGAAAUCUUCUCAAGCGAAGGAAAUCCGUUGCCGAAGUGCGUAGGUUGUCUAGGGCCGUGUGAGCCGCCGCCAUUCAUCUUUGCUUGGCGCUCGCGUCUUGCGUCCAUAGGACUUCCGUUGAGGAGCUCAACAAUCAUUUGUGCAUCGUUUGAGAUGUUGGAGCGGCCAUCGAGCAUGUUCUUGGCUUCCAAGGCACCGGACAUGGAUCGAAAGCGUAGGAUGGCGGAGCGAAAGCCUGCGUCCUCGGAUCUCUCAACAGGCAGCAGCUCAACUGAGAUGAGUUCCUUGGACCAGACUACCAUGAGGCGCAACGAUUCUUCUGAGGUGUUGACAGGAAGACGACGGAUGAGUACUCGAAUGAUCUGAGGGGCGGGACCAUCGGCAAAAGGAGAAGGGCCGGGCAUGGCGGAUUCGCGAUCGAAGCCCUGCCCAAGAGGCAUACCAAGCGGGAACGGCAUCGGGCUGGCAGAGUUUGGUCGGAAAGCGUGGGGCGCAGGAGGCAAGAAGGCAGGCGUAGCCAUACUGCUGGCUGGCGCGGCGGAUGUGUUGAAGAUGUGGUUGGUGUUGGUGACGUUGGCAAGCGCGGGUAUGACGGACUUGGUCUUGGAACCGACGGGCGGUUGUGUUGGCGACACUUUUCGGUCGGAGCUCAUCGCCCACGAGCUAUAAGCAUGCGCCGGUGCUGCUGAGGGUGUUUGCCGGGCAGCACUGAGACUGUUUGGCGGGACAGGAAUGCGACGGAUAUUGCUAGACACAAUGUGUGUAUUGUUGACGGGGUCCUUGUCGCAAUCAGAAACCAGUCAAACCAAGUCGGAUUUAGACUAGAAAAAAAAAACGUCGAAAGGGCGAGCCGAAAUCAGACGAAAUCUUAUUGAGCAGAUAAAUGCUUUUGUUCGAUACUUGUGCGCGAUGGGAGGCUAGAAUGGUUCAACGACACAAUACGGCGUGCGGAUGCGACCAGCAAGGUGAACGCGAUCGGGGCCGGCAGUCGAAAUCGUCACCGAGCGUGUAAAGCGGCGAUAAGAACGACUCUCGAGAGACGAAAUUUCGCGUAGUAGACAAAUGCGAUUUCGGAUUUUCGGUAGCAAACCAACGUCUCCUGUUGUUGGGUCCAAGGCGCGCGUCGCAGAGAUUAACGGCGCAAAAGGCGCUGAAUGCGUGUUAUGCGAUCGAGAUUCGGGGGGGGGCUCAGCGCGCGCAAAUCGUAGUCGGACAGGGCCGGGGAUAUGGCGAUGAAAAACCGAGAAAUAUCGAGAAAAAGUAGAAGCGAAGGCGAGUCGUACAAUAUCCCAAUGGGAAGUAGGGCGAGUGUAUGUGUAGGAGGGAAGAAGCCGGGACGGAGUCGACGGGAGUGCGAAGACAAGAUGGUUGCAGUCGCAAAAGAGAAGGCAAAGAGAGGCGCGCCACAGGGCAGAAGGGUAUGGGCAGGCCAGGCAGGCAGGGCAGUGUGAAGUGGUGUGGGAGGAGGGUGGACGCCUAGCAGUCCCCGGCGCACGUUUGGCGGGAAACAGGACGCUGGGCCUUUGUAGGCACUAGCGCCGAGAACAGCCAAACAACAGCCGGAUGGGGUUGUGGGCGAAGCUUGUCGUCGCAGGACUGGGGCGAUUCCUUUUGGUGGUGUGUCUUGCCUUGGUGGUGUGAGGAGCAGGAGCCGAAGGGUGUGGCGACAGCGGCCCACAACCACCUUUCUUUCCCUUUCUUUGCCUCUUGGGCUUCGCUGGCUGCUGAUUAUGCUUUUGGGGGGACUUUGGCAGGCUGCCUAGUGUGCCUGGGCUGGUUGUUACUGUGCCCGUGAUGUUGGUGGUGAAUGCAGCCUGUAGCCUGCCGGACAGGAAGCGGCGUCUUGCAGAGUGUAGGGCGUCCGUUUGCUGGUGGCGCGUCUGUCUGCAUGCACCAUGCACAGGACAGUGCCGGGGUGUCUUCGUGUUGCUCUCUAUUUUUUUAGCCUCACGCGCGAGAGUCGCUACCGUCGCCUUGGGGGCCUGCCCAUGCACGAUCGUACCGUAAUCAGCGGAGGCGAGUGGAGGAGGGGCUGCCCCGUGAGUGGGUGAGAAAUGCACCAGAGUGGAUUGCGACAGUGCCUCUUUUGCUCGCUUGUUUAGUUCGAUGGUCGAUGCUCGAUGGCCAUAUGUAGGUCAACUGUUUUGUUAUUAGCCUCGAUCUGUAUCCCCUUUGAUGCCUUCACUGUCUGUCUGUCCAGCCAAGGGGCUUAUUCCCCGAACCACGAUGCAAGGGGCGGGAUGAGAGACAAGACGCCACGCAAAAAGUCGAGGGGAACGCCUCAGUCGGCGAGACGGAGCGUUGGCCUUGAUGGUCUUUGUUUGUUGUUUUCCCACAGGUCUUGUCUCCAAUGACUGCAACCCGCCUGCGUCACUGGAUCUCAAACGCUACGGCGACUACGCCUAUCACGCUGUACCGUGCUUUUGUCUGUUGUAUUUAUUCAAAAGAGCGGCGGCUUCUAUAUUUGGUACGCAUAUCACUAUUGAUGGAAAAUGCCAAGCUUCUUUGCUUUUUGAUGGAUGAUUUUGGGACGGGCGACAGCUGACAGGCUGAGUUGACAAUGGGCAGACUAGUUCGACGGGUAUGAGUCUUAGCGAAGGCAACAAUGCUGGGCAAAAGAACACCCCCGACAUCCGCAGUGGCAGACGCAGGUACAGAACAUCAACACCACCCACCAGCGCUCUCCCGUCCGCUGUAACCCCGCUGGGAAGGGGAUGGCUUCAGUUGGCGGGCACCAGGUGACCCAGCGCAGUGCUGAGGCCGCCCUGUCUAGUGCUGAUUUUCAGCGGCCGAACUGCGCUAAAAGGCAGGACUCGUUCUAGCGGAUGCUCACCGCUGAAAACAGCCACACUACAGCGCCAAAAGCAGCAGCACUUCAGUCGCGCUUCCCAAAUUGGGGCGUGAAAAUGGACUGUGGAAAAAAGCGGGUCCACUUCCCACCAAGGGCCAGCAAAAAAGUUAAAACUUGGACGCUGCUGACCAAUCACAGCACGAGCGCAAUGAAUUUCGCUUCAUCAGCAGAUCAUUGGUCCGCCGCCCACCCCCCUUUCGUCAUCCUGCUCCAAAUCAACACUGGGUGCUAGCAGUUCGUCCGUCCAGCCUCAGUCAGUCACGCUUUUACCCGUUUGGUGGGUUUUUGGUGGUGGUGCUCGCCGCAUGCAGUAAUCAAACUCUGAGUUGACGUACAGUCUCUUUAACUUAAGUUCGUUGUUAAAAAUGCUAGAAAAUCCUCUUGUUCCGUGGGUCUGCAAACAUAAAAAUAGAAACGCGGAUACCCAAAAAGCUAAAAGUAGAAAACAAAAGUUAACAAAGCAGCGUGACCAUUUGCUGGUGUCGUUGUCUAAGUACUGUAGACCACAACAACAACAACUCUCUCUGCUCUGGGCAACUCUAUUCCCCCACGCGCUCGUCCAAGACGCCUCUUCAGUCAUAGUCUUCUAAAUUACAGCACUACUUCUCUGUGUAAAUCAUGUGACAAAGAUCCGGCUUCUGCCGUGCAACAGCAACACACGCCGUGAGCGAGCAGCGGGAACCAGCGCAAUCACCAACGCCCCCUGCGCCAAAAUUGCCGGGCAAGCUAGCUUCAUGUAUUACACCGUUGCACUCAGCGGAAAUGGGAUUGCCAUACUUGGAAGAGCCAAUCGUCCAUUGCGGGACACAAUCCUGUGCUUGCCAGCCCCUGGAUUCUUCCCACUCCACAGCUAUCUUCCUUGUACUGUAUUAGUUAGCGUUGCCUUUUGCCUAUUUUCCACUUUCGCGGAACCAGGACCUAGAAUAGCGCUAUGCUCAAUCAGGCCCCUCC